AUGUCCGCCGCUGAAUCUCCCGCCUCCGACACCGUCCAGGAGACCGUCAAGGCUGUCGAGGCCAAGACCGUCAACCAGACCGCUGCUCAACUUCGCUCCUUCGCUGCUGGCGGCGUUGGAGGUGUGUGCGCGGUUGUGGUCGGCCAUCCAUUCGACUUGGUGAAGGUGCGGAUGCAGACUGCCGCCCAGGGAGUCUACUCCGGUGCGAUCGACGUCGUCAAGAAGACCGUUGCCCGCGAGGGUCUCGUAAGGGGUCUCUAUGCUGGUGUUUCUGCUCCGCUGGUCGGCGUCACGCCAAUGUUCGCCGUCAGCUUCUGGGGUUACGAUCUCGGAAAGACUCUCGUCAGCAGCCUAUCCGAAGUCGAGGUCAAGAACAACACUCCCCAAUACACAAUCGGCCAGAUCUCCGCCGCCGGCUUCUUCUCCGCCAUCCCCAUGACCCUCAUCACCGCACCCUUCGAGCGCGUAAAAGUCCUCCUCCAGAUCCAGGGCCAGAACCCACCCCCUCCCGGCCAGAAGCCCAAGUACUCCGGCGGUGUCGACGUCGUCCGACAACUGUACAAGGAGGGUGGAAUCCGGAGUGUGUUCCGCGGAAGCGCUAUGACGCUGGCUCGUGAUGGCCCCGGUUCCGCCGCCUACUUCGCCGCGUACGAGUACAUCAAGCGCUCGCUGACGCCCAAGGACGCGAACGGCAACGUGACUGGUGAUCUCUCCUUACCCGCUGUUCUGGCUGCCGGAGGUGCCGCCGGUAUCGCCAUGUGGACUCCCGUCUUCCCCGUCGACACAAUCAAGUCCCGUCUGCAGAGUGCUCCCGGGAAGCCCACGAUUGGCGGCACCAUCCGCACCGUCUACGCCGCUGGCGGCUUGAAGGCGUUCUUCCCUGGAUUUGGCCCGGCCCUCGCGCGUGCUGUUCCCGCGAACGCUGCUACAUUCGCGGGUGUCGAGUUGGCGCAUCAGUUCAUGAAUAAGAUGUUCGACUAA